AUGUUCCCUCCAUCUUCACAUUGCACCCGUGUUCCUCCUAAAUAUAGAUCUGUUUCCUCCAAUGGACAGUACAUCAGUGUUCCCCCUAGUGGACAGUACACCAGGGCUCCAUCUAAUGGACAGUACAUCAGUGUUCCCCCUAAUGGACAGUACACCAGGGCUCCAUCUAAUGGACAGUACACCAGUGUUCCCCUUAAUGGACAGUACAUCGGUGUUCCCCCUAAUGGACAGUACAUCGGUGUUCCCCCUAAUGGACAGUACAUCAGUGUUACCCAUAAUAGACAGUACACCAGGGCUCCAUCUCAUGGACAGUACAUCAGUGUUCCCCCUAAUGGACAGUACACCAGGGCUCCAUCUAAUGGACAGUACAUCGGUGUUUCCUCUAAUGGACAGUACACCAGGGCUCGAUCUAAUGGACAGUACAUCGGUGUUCCCGCUAAUGGACAGUACACCAGGGUUCCAUCUAAUGGACAGUACAUCGGUGUUCCCCCUAAUGGACAGUACACCAGGGCUCCAUCUAAUGGACAGUACAUCGGUGUUCCCCCUAAUGGACAGUACACCAGGGCUCCAUCUAAUGGACAGUACAUCGGUGUUCCCGCUAAUGGACAGUACACCAGGGCUCCAUCUAAUGGACAGUACAUCGGUGUUCCCCCUAAUGGACAGUACACCAGGGCUCCAUCUAAUGGACAGUACAUCGGUGUUCCCUCUAAUGGACAAUACACCAGGGCUCGAUCUAAUGGACAGUACAUCGGUGUUCCCGCUAAUGGACAGUACACCAGGGUUCCAUCUUGAAAAGUCAUC